CUAAAUCACACAAAACCAGCUUCCCUUCUGCUCUCAAUCUCUCUCUUUUUCUCAUUUCGUUUUGAUCUUUACGGCGUCGUUUUGAUGGCGGCUGCGAGGGUUGAGCGGGGGGAUCUGUGGAAGACCAACGCCCUCUCCAUACAGCGCCGGCUGAGGCAGCGCUUCAGAGUCGAGGUCGACCGCCGCCUCAGGCGCCACCCUAUUUUCGCCGACGGUUACUUCUCCGGCACCGUGCAGCGCUGGCUCCAGCGCUUCCGUGAUUUCAAGAGGAACUCGCUUCCGUCCUCCACCGCCUUCUACCGCAAACGAGUGGGCAAUCAAAUCAACGCUGAAGAUGAGUCGGCCAUACUUCGCAUGGUGCAAGCUGUUGCUAUGCCGGUCAUUGGGAAUGUUUGCCAUGUGUUCAUGAAUGGAUUAAAUCGUGUUCAGGUCUAUGGUUUGGAGUUGUCAGUGACGGUGGUUAUUGGUGAUCCAAUCUACUUUGAUGAUUUGUUAAAUAAUGAAGAAGCUAAGCAUUUAUCAAGAGGGAAGUUAUAUGAUGCAGUAUCCUCAAGAAUCGGUCAUCGACUACGUCAACUAAAAGUUCAGGUAGACAGAUUGGCUCAAGGUACCCAAUUACUAAAUGAUGGUUCACUGAUGGAAGAAAUUCCAGAACUACACGUUGCUGGUACACGAGCCCAGGUCUUUCAAUCGAUUCCGAGCAGGUUUCUCAAAAGAUGGUUGGAUUGCCCUUUCAUUGGAACAUCAACUUCAUUUUAA